GAGGACAUCACGGAAAAAACGUAGCAGCAGCUACCACAAACCCCACGCCGAGAUUUCGUCUCUCCGCUGCGCUAAAACUGCGCGACGAAAGCGGCCCACGACUAUGCCCGGUGCGGCGUUAAACUGCGGGACGACCACUUGACAGGCCUGGGCGAGGUCUGAGCCGUUGCCGGGAGGUGAAAUACAUUUCUUCAUAUGGGAGCAGCAUGCGGGAAAUGGUCGGAGGUUGCUGCGUGUGUUCAGACGAGCGAGGCUGGGCUGAGAAUCCGCUGGUUUACUGUGAUGGACACGGCUGCAGCGUCGCCGUUCACCAAGCAUGCUACGGCAUUGUCCAGGUGCCCACCGGCCCGUGGUUCUGUCGGAAGUGUGAGUCACAGGAGAGGGCGGCGCGCGUGAGGUGUGAGCUGUGCCCCCACAAAGAUGGUGCUCUCAAGAGAACGGACAGCGGAGGCUGGGCCCACGUUGUAUGUGCACUCUACAUCCCUGAGGUGCAGUUUGCCAACGUCCUCACCAUGGAGCCCAUCAUCUUGCAAUAUGUCCCGCAUGAGAGAUACAUUAAGACCUGUUAUAUCUGUGAGGACCAUGGGAGGGAGAGUAAGGCUGCUUGUGGCGCCUGCAUGACCUGCAACAGACAGGGCUGCAGACAAGCCUUUCAUGUCACCUGUGCUCAGAUGGCUGGUCUGCUCUGUGAAGAGGAAGGACCAGAAGCUGACAAUGUGAAAUACUGUGGGUACUGCAAGCAUCACUACAACAAAAUGCAGAAGAAGUUGCGCUCCAGUGAAAAUACAAGUAGCUCCUUCAGUCAUUCCAGGGGCCGCUCCAGCUCUCCCUCACAGGACAAACACCACCACCACAGACAGAGGAAGAGUCAUAAGGACAAGAUUAGGCAAAAGGAGCGCCACAAGAAGUCCUCUGACAGCCUGAGCUCAUCAGUUACAACCGGCAGUAUAGAAAAGAUCUCCUCCAGUCACCACAGCAGCAAGGACAAUGAAGCAAAGUCCAAGAAGCUGAGCUCACACAGUCAUAGUCAUCGCAGUAAAAAGACAGGAAGCACUGGCAAGAGCUGCUCCUCCUCCUCCUGCUCCUCCAGUCCCUUCAACACAGGCGGCUCCUUGUCCUCUGCUCAGGAUUUCCAUCAGUUCUCGUCUUCGUCCCGCCUGGAGCGAGACCAUGACCGAGGAGGUGACGACCACAGUGGGGAGGAGCGCAAGGAGCGUCACAGGAGGCCAGCAGUCCAGGAGGAGGAGGACGAAGAGGAUGAUGAGAAGGAGGAGGACAAAGAUGAGGAGGAGGAGGAGGAGGAGGAGGACAGUAAAUACCACAAGCCACCAGCAUUGACUCCUGCUGAUGGCCCAUUGGCAGGAUCACAGGGUCACGACAGGUCAGAGGGCAACUCAAGUCCUUUUGAGAACAAGGUCACCAUCUCUACCUUUGGGUCCAUCAUGCGUAUCACCUCUUCAUCAGGACUGGGCAGCAGCAGUAAGAUCCGCAAGAUCUCCUCGGGAGACUACAAACCCUCCAAGUCUCUCUGCAAGCCGUCUCAACUGAGCACGCCGCCUAUCCUAGAGGAGGCGGACCUGGAGGACAAAGCCACACCUCCACCACUGCCCCGAGAGCGGAGGCACCGCGGCAACAAGAAGAGCCGCCACGGCCCUGGGCGCCCACGGGGCAGCAAGAACCGAGAGAGAAGGGAAGAGGAGCUUCACCAUCACCAUCACCACACAGCACCUCCUCCUCCUCCAGCCUUAACCUCCUCACUCUACCCAAGCCCAUCCUCCAUCCCACACCCCGCUUUCCCCUCCACGCUACCUCCCGCCACCACCUCUUCCACUUCCUCUUCUUCUUUCUCCUCCUCCGCCGGCAGUUUUUCCACAGGCCGUGGCAACUCACUGCUCGGCUCUGGUAUCUACUCCAGUCUCAAGGACCCUCUCACACUAGGCGGGGGUGUCUGCAGUACCCCUCUCUCCCUAGGUGGAGGGGUGUGUAGCACCUCCUUGUCCCUGGGAGGGGGCAUGUGUAGCACCCCUCUCUCCUCAGGACUCCUUCCAUCCCACGUCUCCUCACUCUCACUUCCAUCAGUCAACGCUGUUUCAAACACACAGGUCCAUCCAGGUUCCAGCACCUCCUAUAGCCUGCCCUCCACUCAGUCUUUCGCCAGCUGUCUCUCCACAGCCCCAACACUGCCGCCACUACUGAGCCAAGCCCAGACCUCACUGCCAGAGUCUGACCUCGAUGACUGUCGCUUCCCGUGUCAGGGGAGCUCACCAAGAGAGAGUCUUUCCUCACAGUCUCCCAUGAGCUGUCUUCCUCUUCUGUUUGACCAGAGAGACGGGUUGGGUGCAGGAGUUAGAGCCCGUCCAGAGAACGUCCCUCCAGCCAGCUCCCACAUUGAGCUCCUACUGGAGAAACAUGGCAACGGAGAGAUGGGAGUCAACAUUGUGGAGAUGCUCCAGUCCCUACACUCCCUGCAGCAGGAGAACCAGCGCCUCCAGGACCAGAUCCUAAGCUUGACAGCUAAGAAGGAGCGGCUACAGCUGCUCAACACAGAGCUGGCCGUGCCUUUUCCCCCACACGCUCAUUCCGCCCACGGCUCCUUGCACACCUCCACCCAGAUCAACUUCCUGUCAUCCACUCAAGACCCCCUGAGCACCAAUAAGAGUCCCCUGUCCAAAAGCUGCUUCCUGAAUGACACCUCCUUUGUUACCUCGUCUGAGGAGCUCCACUCUGGUAGUCCGUCCCGCAGUAGCUCGUCUCUCUCUUUCCAGAGUACUCCUCCUCCUCAGCAGAGCCCCGCCUCCUUCGGUCAGCCGUUGCUGAAUGGCCUGAGCCGGGGUUUCAGUGAUGGUUUGGGAACCAUUAGUCAGGCCGGCAGCUCCUCUCUGCCGGUGGUGGGUGGGCUCAUGGCGUCUCUCGCAGGUAGUCCUCAGCUGAAUAUGAACGGUGUGCUAGGAAGUUUGAACGGUGUCAUCCAGUCUCCAGUGCAGAAUGCACCACAGCCCACACUUCCUGCUCUGCGCCCCCAACCUCCACCACUCAACCCCCAGGCACUGGCACAGGGCUUCCAGCUUCCCAAGAGUGUGAGCCCGUCUUCUCUCCUGUCAGAGCAGCAGAAGCAGCUUCUUCUGGAGCAGCAGCAGCAACAGCAGCAGCUUCAGCAGUUCCUCACCUCACAGAACUUUACUCCUGAGCAGCAGGUGGUGGUGUGCCAGAUGCUGCAGCAGCAGAGACAGAGAGAGCUACAGCGCCUCACACUGACAGGAGCACUCACCUCCACUCCAAAUUCACCCAUGAUUGCCCAGUCACCCAACUUGCUGUCCUCUGCUACAGCUUCACCACUUCAGGGCAGCCAGGGAGGAAGCCUCUUUGGUCUGCAGGACAACGCACUUCACAAACCAACUGCUGGAGAAAAGGGUGGAGACAAGAAUGGGUGACGACAGCACAGGAGCAGCUCAAAAGAAGAUUAUCAGGCCUCACAUGCCCACUUGAAGACCUGAGGUCAACUUACAAGACUUUUGACCAGCUUUCCUUCUCUGUCAUCUUCAUCUUAAACCCUCUUUUAUGAAUGUAUAACAGGAUGGACUUAAACAUCAAGGUGAAGUUUUUUCGUGUUUUUGAAUUCUUUUUAUCAGAGGUUCUUUUCAUAGGUUUUUUGUGUAGGCAGCUUUCAGAGAGCAUGAUUUCAAUGGUCUCUUCUUAAAUUGCACUAAUUUGUUAGCUAGACCAAUGGGGCUGCUUAUAAAGGCAGAGCCAGAGUUCCUACUCAUCCCUACAGGUGUUGUGUAGGCUGUCGGUUUGUGAAUGGGAACUCAAGGUCAGAGAGUUUUUUUUUUUUUUUCCUCUGACUUCUUCAGCUGACUGGUCAUGAAUUCCUUCCAUGGCUUGAACCAGAGUUUCCACUCAGUCAGUGAGAAUCAGACUUCUGUCCCUGCAACCUCAACUGUCUUCCUUGAUAUUUUGUCUUCCCUUUGUGUUCACCCCACCCAAAUUUCAUCCUAGAUCCUAUAUAUGUUGCAGCCUCUCACAGGCACUUAUUAUGUAAAGGAUAAAUAUACUGUCAUUUUCAAUGUAUGGUUAGUGGCAUUUCAACAUUAAGCUAGUUAUUACCUCAGACUUUUUUGCCACCUGUUUCCCAUUGUUGACAUUUUGUGCUGACUCAUUAACGCAAUAGUCUUCACUGGAUAUAAAUGCCCACCAAAAAUCAUGGUGUUAACUCUAAGGUAGUAACUCAUGUAAAUGUAAAAAUGGCACGCAACCCCAGGUGUCCAAAAUGGCGCUAUCGCCUACUAGAGAGUGGCAUCAGCACGAACGUUGAGCACUAGGUUUUAUUCUGAAAGACCACAAGAGUUUCUAAAGACUUCUAUAUCCUUCCAGUUGCUAUCGAGAUUAAGCAGAUGAAACCAAACCUUUGGAAAUUAUAAGUAAGAAAUGAAUUGUUUUUCCUAAACAAGUGAGCACUUUGCAUGUUAGUAGCUAACAGAGCAAAUUAGCCAUCAACGCAGUACCUUAUGAAGGAUGCUUGGUACUUACUAGGCCACUAGACUUACAGGUUUUUGAUUUCUAUGAGUAUUUUGCACUCUGUCCUCAAAUGUCAGCUUUUUAUGUUACUUUCAUACAUCGGUAUUCUUUUCAUGUCUGCCAACUAGUUGUUCUUUUAGCAAUACUGGAUAGAUAAUGCCUUAAUGAUAAUAGAUUUACAGAGAAAACUAUGAGCCCAAAGGCUUUCUCUCUUGGCGUCUUUCUUUGAUAGUGUUUUUUUAUCACAGGGCUCAUGGAGGGGUACAUUACUAAAGUGAAAGCACUCUUGUUACACCCAUUUAUACUUUUGAUAGCUGACUGAUAAUUUCAACAGUUGAAAUGUGUGAAUAACCGUAUAGUGGUAACUGAAGUGUCAAAUCAUUUUCUAUUGUAAUAUUUGUGUUAAGAUGCAAUGUUCUUUAGUUGUUUGUGCUUCAGAGAACUGAGAAGGACUAAUUGAAAAUCUUACAGUCUGCACAGUGGUGUCAUAGGAAGUCUGCUGGGGACAGCCAAGAGGUAACAGUGUAUGAUACAUGGUGUAGCUGUUAUCAGCACUGAGAAGACAGUGAAUUGCCAGUGUUGCUACUGUUGGCCUUUACUGCAGGGCUGUUCAAGCCCAUGUUCAUGACGUAAGCCAACGUAGAGACUAUGAUAAGCUUCUUUUUCCUUCUGCUCCACUUUAUCAUGUGAUGCCUCUGUUUGGCUCAGUUUUACUGACAAAGGCCACUCUCACAUUCAUCUUUUACUCUCAAAGGUAAGGGAUUCUUUUAUCAGGUUUUCUCCUGUGUUCUUUAAAAAUAUUGUCAUAGGCCUUUUGAAAUAUUUUGUCACUUCUGUUUGCAAUCUUGAACAUGAUCUCCCAUACAUGUGAUGUUGAGUGCUAGAUGGUUUUGUUAGCAGCUAAUGUAGACGUCAUAAAGAAACUUCAAGCAACUCACUAGUUGGUGAUAAAUACUGUAGCAAUGCCAGAAGAAGAGUGUUGAUUAUGUUGAUAAAGACGUGAGUCAACGCCUUGACAUGACUCCAAGUGGGAGGUCUGCAUUUUACCAAGCAUGUCCUUAAGAGUCUCCUCUCAGCUGAGGCAAAGUCCAGACACACGACCAUGUUCAAGAGGAUGACUGAAAAGUGGAUUUCUGAAGCAGUUUCUUUCUCAUGUUGCACUGGGGCGCUUUGGGCCCAAUUGUAAAUCGUUUUUUAGUACCUUUUCAAUUUUGUUGGAAUACGAGUUGUAUACUUUAAUAUGUUUGUGUAAAAAACACAUUCAUUCUUUUAAGCUUUGAAGUUUGGGUAACCAAGAUAAUCCAUGUUAUGAAUGUCGUACUGUGUAUCUUUUAUGUAUUACAACAUUUAAGCACCUAGCUCUGAAUGAGGUUUGAUGGAGAGCAAGUUACCUAUUGGGAUAUGAAUUGCAUGAAAUGCAGUGACAUCUCUAUUGCUAAAUACCAAGUAAUAACUAUGCAUAAUUUUAAAUGCAUUGUUCCCUGAAAAAAUGAAAUUAAAUGAAAUGAGCACUGAAGUUUAAAAAGGACAAGCACGUUGUCAUUGUACAGUGUAUUUGUUUGAGAGAAUUGAUCGAAACGAAUUUGACAAUAUUCAGAUUAAAAGCCCUGUAAAGUAUUUUGAUAUUUUUGUGUGUAAAAUUAAAAGGACGGAUUAAGACAACUUUUUUGUCAAUAAAUGUAUUUUACAGA